AUGCCGACGAUGAUGAGCGCGUCGACGGCGGCGGCGGCGCAGCGCCGCCGGAGUCGCCGCAAGGCGCCCCCGCCACGCCAGCCCUGGUGCUGCUCCUUCGGCCUUGACCCCUCCACGGCCGCUGCCACCGCCGCCGGCCGGAGCCCGGGCCCCCUCCCCGCGCCGCCGCGAGCCAAGCCGCCGGCGCACCAGCUCCCGCCGCCGCUCUCCCGCCGCAUCCGCUCCCCGGGACGCGUAUCCCCCAUCGACGACCCGACCUUGCCUAGCGCCACGGGUUCGUCGUCUGUUUCCGCGCGGCUGUCGUCCGUCACCGAAUGCCCGCCUCCUGCCCUGCUGGCUCCGCCCCCACCGCCGCCGCCGCCGGCGGCGGCCGCUGUAGAGAAGCCGAGGGCGAUUCUGAAGCUGAGGCUGGUCGAUAAAGGCGUGAUCUUGGAGGUGGAUAAGUUGGAGGGGGUGCGCAGGGAGAGCAAGGUGGUGGGGAAGAUUCUUGGGGAACGAGGUGGCGAGUUGACGGUGGAAGGAAUGGUGGAGGUGGACGCCUUCAGGGAGGCGGUGGACAUGAUGCUGGAAGAUGAAGACGAGGCCGCUGCGAUGAGGCGGCUCGCACGUGGUGGUGUCGCGCGAGCCAUCGACGUGCUCGAGGUAUCCUUGUCACUUAUGUUUGACAGAGGAGUUAACAACUGUCUAAGGUAUCUGGAUGCUGUUCCGUGGAAUGAAUCUGAAGAGGAGACAAUUAAGAAACUGAUGUACCAGCAUUCUUCAUACAAGGCAGCUUUCAGAGAUUUGCUGGCAAGGUUACAGCCAGAGAGACCUGCCUCGUCUGCAGAACUGGUAGUUGAACUAGCCGAUUCCAUCACAAAGGGGACCAACAAUAAUGCUCGGAAAGAGCUGCGGAAUUUAGUCAAUGGGAUCUUAUCAAAAUCAUCUGUCUACAUAAAGGGUGAUAAAGAGCUGGACAGCAGGAGCAUUUACUGUAUCUGCCAUUCUUGCCUGAACUCUCUGGUGGGAUUAUUCGAAGAAUCUUCGGAGUUGGCCCAGGCUGAUCAAACAUCACUGUCGUCAGUUGGAAAAGGACCACUCGAGAGGAUCUACAAGCUAGUUGAGGACAUCAACUGGUUACUGCAGAUUCUAAUCGACAGGCAGAUGGGAGAGGAAUUCGUCGACUUAUGGGCGGACCAAAAGACCCUCAGCAGCAUGCACGAACGGGUGUCGCCGAUAGUAUGCCACGAGCUCAGCCGGAUUUCGGCCACGGUGUUCAUCGGCAUGGGGAGCGGCAAGCUCCACUGUACCGGAGACAGAAGGCUCCGCGUCUUCCAGGCCUGGUUCAGGCCAAUGCUGGUAGAUUUCGGUUGGCUCCGGAGAUACCCGAAGGGCCUCAACAUGACGGCCCUGGAGGAAGGAAUCGGGCAAGCGCUGCUGACGCUCACGUUGAAGCAGCAGCAGGCGCUGUUCUUGGAGUGGUUCGAGGCGUUCAGUGGGAAAGGCCGGGAAUGCCCCGACCUGAUCAGAGGCUUCCAGGUCUGUAGAGAUGUAAGAAAACAUUCUUCAGUUAGUGUGGAGCUGAAGCCAUAUCUGCUGUGGGCUGUGGCAGUUGAGAAGCUGCACUGA